GAAAAAAGCAAGUCUAUUUGGCCCUGUGCAACAAAAUUCAGCACAAACUAAAUAACGCUGAGUUUCCCUAGAGUAGCGAAUUAUUCAGGCACCAAGCAACCCUAAAGCUCUCCUAUUUCCUUCUACAAACUCGAAAAGCGAAAGCGAGAAUGGACACGAGUGGUAUAUCCUCGGAGCUGUUCUUCAAUGAAGCCGAGUUUCGCGUCUUGAUUCCCAACGUUUCAACUGAAUCCGAGCCGUCUCCCCAAGAAAUACUCUCAACCCCGUCUCGUCGAUUUACAUUCUAUGAUGAGCACUUGAAAGUGUAUUUGUAUGCGCGUAUACCCCAUCAGCUUGCUGGUACAGGCGAUGAAGUACAGCAAACCAUUAACACGUUCUUCAACCAACUUGAUGUCCACCUCGAAACCAGCAUUGUCGAUAGCAACCCACACCCACAGCCUGCAGCCGUCCCUCCACCACUCCAGCCUUCGUCCUCGUUUUCUUCUUCCUUUCACCACCGCUCCAUUACACAGAAGUGGAACCCAUCGUCGUCCGCACCGUCGUCGCCGAAAACGCAUAAGCGCGAACUCAGUAUGGGUCAACGCGGUCCCAUGUCUGCAGGCACGCCACCACAACAGCCUGCAAACGAGUCUGCUCUACCGUUUUUCUCGCACACAUACAAUAGCCGAGGAAAGGAUCCAGAACCAAUCGUGUUUGAGCAUGAAGAGGCAUAUUGCUGCAUUUACUCGCUGACGGUGCCUAUUUUAUAUGUCAAGACACGAAGCAAUAAUCCUCUACUAUCGUUUGCCUUCAAUGUAUCGUAUCGACCUAUGACAACAAACAACCGAUCUCAUAAGCAGGAUGAAGAUAAGACAGAGGAGGGCACGGAAGACUAUGAUGCAGAUAUGUUUGAGACAAUUGAUUUGCUCAAUGGGCUUUCUGAAGAUCCUGUUUUCUCUACUGCAAAAUUACACCAACGAUUUGUUAUUGAAAAGCAUAGCAGGCAAUCGAGUGGCAGUUUCUCGCAAAGCAGCCACUCUACAUCACAAAUGCUUACAUUGCGACGACAUGUCCGGGAAAUGCUUUCCGUGCGAUCAGGCGUCAAUGUGAAAAUGCGAACUACCAACGCCUCUGUUGCCGAUAAAAUGGUGAUGAUGUCAGUAGAACUUGAGAACCCGCUGGAAACAUCGUGUAGUUUUGUUGUCGAUAAGGUGGAGGUCCAAGUAUCCAACGCGGUGGUUUCCGUGGCCUUUUCGAAUGACGUAAAGUUUCCCAUCACCUUGGAAACGCUAGAUCAAAUGGUGUUUUUGUACAACGUAACCCUCUUGGAAGACGGAUCAGCAAAACCUCCUCAACAAAUGCCACGCAUGUUCCCAGCGCGUAAUCGGAACACGCCAGCCAUGCCAGUGCAUUACCAGGAUGAGCGGUUGCAGCCACAACGCGUAUCAAUUCAAGUCUUUGGAGCUCCACUUAUUGACGGUGUGCGCGCUGCACCGAUGCGAUCCAAGUGGAACACUAUGCUGGACGUAAUGGGGAUGCGACAAAAGCGAGAAGAACCCGAUCCACGCUUCUCUUCGCUCCUUGCAUCCUCUACAAACUCAUUUAUAGCUUCACGGUCGUCUGCUGCAUCGCUUUCCACCAGUGUCUCUGUGUCUCCGGGUGCACGGUCGGUCGGCAGUCCAUUGGGCCAGGUGAUGGAUGGAAGAAAGAGAAUGAUAAUGGCUACAUCAAAUAUUGCAGAAUCUGGUCCACAGACACCAGUGGGUCAGCGCGCACCACCCGUGCCUGGUGUACCUGCACGAAAAUCCGAAUCGGAGGUGGUCGAUGGUAUUGUCGUGUCCUUCACGGUGCCGGCCAGCAUCACUGUCGGCAAAAUAUUCCCGCUACAGAUCUUUAUUGUCAACCGUUCCAAGCAUACUCGACGAUUUAUGGUCACCAUACCCAACCGUAAGCGUCAACAGCAUACGGCAGAACAUAUGGUAAAGACAACGUUGCCACCGCUGCCUAUUGAACAAAACCCCAUUGACCCAUACAUGGAUGAAGCAGAAUUCUUGCGACAGUAUUUUGAUAAUGAGACGCAUGAAGCGGAUAUCAUUUGUCUAGAAAACAACGUGCGACUAAGCCCUCUCGGCCCUUCAACAUCACAAGCAGUUGAUGUUCGAUUUAUUGCAGUCAAGGAACGAUUGCACACAAUCGAUUUGAUCCAACUUGUGGAUCAAGACACUGGUUUCGUUACUAACCUUCGUCACGUAUUAGAGAUAUUCGUCGACAAACGCACCGAUGAUGUGUAGAUCUUAUUUUGAGUGUACAUUACAGUAAAUAGCUUCUUUCCUGCCUUAAACGCCCUCUUCUUAUACAUAAAUAAUUAUUAUCCAC